UGCCGUCCAGCAGCAGUGCGACUGAUGCGUGCGUCGCGGUGUUCGAAGGAUUGCUGCAUUCGGAUAUAUAUAUAGUGCGUACACACACAUACAUGUAUAUGCACCUUACCGCGGCAAGGCUUCGCUUUGCUACUGCGACAGUGCGACGGCGUUUCGUCUUGCCGUGUUAUCUGGUUUUUUGUGUCGCGGUGUAGCGUCUUUUGUAGAUAAUAUGCCGGAGAACGGCGGCAGUGCGCCGCGCGUAAGUGUGUCGCCGGCGGCGCGCGUGGGUACGACGCCGCCGCCGGCACACUACCUGCACGAACUGCCGGCCCACGCCGAGGAACGACUUGGACGACUGUUCCAGAGCCUCGACCUCGACGGCAACGGUCGUAUUGACGUGCAUGACCUAUCUCAUGCGCUGCGCGAGGCCGGCGUACACUCCCAGUAUGCCCAGAAAUUCCUGGCUAGAUCAGAUAGUACUAAAAGUGGCGAUAUUAGUUUGGCCGAGUUUCUACACUAUAUUCGCGAACAUGAAAAAAAUUUGCGACUACAAUUCUCUAAUCUCGAUAAAAAUAGAGAUGGUAGUAUAGAUUUAGAAGAAUUAAUAAGAGCCUUUAAGGACCUGGGAAUAGAAAUUGCGCAAGAGGAAGCGACAAAGUUAUUACAACGCAUGGAUCAAGAUGGAAGUCUUAAGAUCAGCUACGAUGAAUGGCGAGAUUUUCUUCUUUAUGCACCGAGUACUAAUUUGCUCGACAUUAUUGAAUACUGGCAUCAUACUACAAUCGCGAGUAAAGUUCACACUGUGAAAUGCGUAACGGCCACCGACUUUGAUCAUCGUCAUCACGCGGAUAUUUGCCUUGAUGACGCGUGCACGUUCUCUGACGUCAGGGAGGCACGAGCAGAAAUGAGAGGAAAGAGGAAGAACAGACUUGCAGACAUGCGUUCCCCAUUUUGGUGGGGCGAUAUCUGCCUUCGGAUUUCCCUCGUGCUCGCUUUCCUCGUUAGUCUUGCAAUUGGACUCCGAGCGUUCGUAGCUCGUCUUUUCUCUCUUCAAAGAAAGACUGCUCAGGAUCGUCUUAUUGGAACAAGACACGCUUUUCUUCGCUCACGUUGGCUAUUAAGUAGUUAUUAAAUCGUUUAUCAGUGAUUUUUCUAUUUUAAAGCCGCCAAAUUACUUCAUAUAAUUUUCGUAGACUGCGGAGUCUGCGAUCGAAAGAUAAAAAAGCAAAAGAAAAAUUUCCAAGAAUUUGCGUAACCUCGAUCAGUGUAAGUUUCUCGCUGGCUAGAAAGUCCGAAAGUUCUGGAAAGUGCAUACCUCUCAUACUGUGAAUGUAACGGACUACACACCGCAUGAUUUAAGAGUAAACGUGAUUUUUAGUGACCACACAUAACUUUGGAAUUCAUAUACCAUUAAAUAUAUAUAAAUAAUAAAAUUAAAGAAGAAUAUAUUAAAAAUCGGAAGAAGAAAACUAAAUAAAUUAUAUGUGCGUGAAGUGAAAUAAAAAAUACAAUCAAACGAUAGAAUAAAUCAGAGGAUUACAGAAAGCAUCUUUCCGAGGAACAAAAAGAAGAAAAUAACUAAAGGAAAAUAGAUAAAUUGGCAGAAUAGUUGAAUGGAAUAGAACAUGAAAGCAAAGUAGGUAGAGAAAAGAGCGGAUAAAAAGGACAAACGAAGAAUAUAAUAAAAGAAAAGAACGACAAACAAAUAGAAAAAUAUAAAAAAGGACAAACUCUAUCGUGUUUGUGUGUGUAAGAGUGACUUCUCUCAGAGUGAGCGAGCAACGCGGCAGAUUUCACGCGGCGGGAGCGUGUGUGCAACCACGUGUCUUACGAUUACAGCUGAUUAAUCGCAGCAUGUAUGUCCUGAAGAAGCCAAGAUUUCUUCAUCGUGACAGCACCCCACCCGCAUGUCAAGUAUGUGAAGAAUUUCUGCGGGGCUACCAUGAACUUUUACAACGGGUAAGUAGAACGUCGAGAAUGUCGUCAAGGAGCCAAUUAAAUCCCAAGGUUACUCAGGUAUUAGUUCUCUAUAGGAAAAAAAGAAAGUGUACGGUAGGCAAAUGGAAUGAGAAAGUAAAAGUAACCUUGAAAUGAAAAUUUCUGGAACUUUCUUUUAAAAAUUCGUUAGAAUUUAGAAGGCGUUCUUUACCAAGUGCACUUUUCUUGAACUAUAAAUUGCUUGGUUGAUUUUGAAACUUUUUAAUUUCUUUUAAUCAAUAUGUUGAAAUGUAUUUGCAACUUUUGAGUCAUAAACGAUUACAAAUAA